CAUAAUUCACCAAGGGGUGAGCUUGAAAUAUGACAAUAAUUCUGAGCUCCUCCCCACUGAACAAAGACGCAGCUUCUUAAAAGAAGACACUGCUGGCGAACAUCUGGGAGAUGAAGACCUUAAAAGUACUGCCAGGCUUCAGUCUCACCAUGGCUGUCCACUCCUAGGUUCUGGUUUCCUAAAAAUAGCUGUCAGGGUACAGAUCCCUUUUACUCUUUGCCCUAAGAAAGCUAAAGAACUCUCCAGGGGGAGUGGCCACUUCCCUGUGAAACCCGAUGCUCACAGUGAGGUCACAGCAUGCCCAGAAAUAAAAGAAAGCCUCAGAGACAGAGGACUCACUCAGGGACCGAGCAGCCCUCAGGCACUGAGCUUCGCCUCUGUUCUGCCAUCCAGCGACUCCAUCAUGUCCUUCAGUGCUGACCAGAUUGCCGAAUUCAAGGAGGCGUUUCUCCUGUUUGACAGAACAGGCGACAGCAAGAUCACCUUAAGCCAGGUCGGUGACGUCCUCCGGGCACUGGGCACAAAUCCUACCAAUGCAGAAGUCAGGAAGGUUCUGGGGAACCCUAGCAAUGAAGAGCUCAACGCCAAAAAAAUUGAAUUUGAACAGUUCCUGCCUAUGAUGCAGGCUAUUUCCAACAACAAGGACCAGGGCACCUAUGAAGACUUUGUUGAGGGUCUGCGCGUCUUUGACAAAGAAGGCAAUGGCACAGUGAUGGGCGCUGAGCUCCGCCACGUUCUGGCCACCCUGGGUGAAAAGAUGAAAGAGGAAGAAGUGGAAGCCCUGAUGGCAGGUCAGGAAGACUCCAAUGGCUGCAUCAACUAUGAAGCUUUUGUCAAGCACAUCAUGUCUGUCUAAUGGAAUUCCCAAGAACAUUGUUUAGAAAGACUGGCUGGAAUCGUACUUCAAUAACACCUAUGGCUGACCACCAGGUGUAUGCCAUCAUUAGAAAAAAAUAAAAUAUCUGGAACAUUCUAGACUGAAAGACUCCCUGAAUUUUUAUAUACCUUCAGAUCUUCACUGAAAUGUACUGCUAUUACACCAACCAAGUAUCCACUGAAUAAGAUAUGAAGAAUAAAAUACUGAGAAUCAUAAAUCCAAUACCACUCUAUUGUCCAUCACGGGUCAACAAGCAUCUUUAACCUCUAGCAAUAAACAAUUUUUGCCAGUCUGGAAAAAA